CACCUCUGGAUUGAAAAUCCACAUCUUCAUCCCAGAGGAGAGGAGAGUGUGUAGCCAUGGCGGCAAGCUCGCUCGCCGUCCUCCCUUCGUUUCGCUCCUUUUCUACCUCAGAUUCGUCGUCAUCGUCUUCAUCUUCGAGGCUCAUCGGCUUCGCAAAAUUACCGGUACCGAGACACAGGUCUAAGAAACCCUCAAAAUCCCAUUGGAUUAAGGUGCUUCUCUCGUCUUCGCCGAAUCAAUCGGUCGAUGAUGUCUCCGACGCUGACCAGUUUCUCCGGUACAACUCCAUCGCCGAUUUCAUGCGGUUCAAACGCGGUGGCUCUGCCGGUGGAAAUGGCACCGGCGAGUUGCAGACCGCCGUCGUCAGUUACCGGAAAAAGUUUCCUUGGUCAAUCCUCAAGCCCUUUUUUCAGGUAGAUUUAGUCUCGACGAUUCAUAUCGCCGAUAAACAGUACUUUACUACCCUCCAAAAGGAGCUUGAGCCAUACGACUGUGUCUUAUAUGAGAUGGUGGCGAGUAGGGAAAUCUUGGAGAAUCGGAGGAACCCGACUGUGUCCAAGAGGCUUAAAAGUUCACGCUCGAGGGGCUUCAAUAUUUUAGGGUGCAUUCAGCGGCAGAUGGCAAGGAUACUGACACUCGAUUUUCAGUUGGACUGUCUAGAUUAUCAGGCUAAGAAUUGGUACCAUGCUGAUCUUGAUUAUGAGACAUUCAAGUUUCUUCAGCUGGAGAAAGGUGAAAGCUUCUUCUCAUUUGCAAAGGACAUGACUAUAAGAUCAACGAAAGCAAUAGUGCAAUCAGCUUCCAUCCCCGAUGAUCUUGAUCCUCUGAGGUCCAAGCUUCUAUGGGCCUCACGGGUUCUUCCUAUGCCUCUCGUGGGUCUUCUCAUUAUCGGAGGCAUUUGUGCUGACAUUGGAAGUCAGGCAUCCGAGUAUCCUGAAUGGGAAGCCCUUUCUCGGCUUGAUUUUGGUGCAGCCAUGAAAGUCUUUCUUGCGAAGCGUUUGACAUCAGAAUUCACUCAAGCGACUGCAGAGAUAGAGGAGAAAUCCGUCAUCAUCGGAGAGAGAAACCGAGCAGCCACCGAGGCAUUAAGAAGAGCAAUGGACGAGGGUCACAACAGAAUCGCGAUUCUUUAUGGCGGAGGCCACAUGCCCGACUUAGGAAGGCGGCUAAGAGAAGACUUCGAUCUCGUCCCUUCCCAGGUGAGAUGGAUAACCGCUUGGUCAAUCACAAACCGAAGGGACUCUGAUACGAAUUCGCUUCCGAUCCUCAAGAAGAUGGCCGAAGUUUCGGGUUGGCCGCUGAAUCGGUACCAAACUCUUGCUUUGCUUAUUUUUUCAUCCGUUCUCGCUCUCGAUCUUUUCUUCUGGGAGAUCUUCUUCGGCACCACGAUUAACUGGGCGUCGCAGAUUGCUGUAGAGUUCUACCAGUUCGUAGAUAAUGCACAAAUUGUCUGAAUGAACUUAUAGUUACAUAGUCUGUAAAUGGUGUUUGUAAUUGCGAAAUUUAUUGUAAGGUAAUAUGGCAUUGUGAUGGAAAGGAAAACGAAAUAUCAAUUUGAAUUCUAUAAACUUUAGUUUU